AGGCAUGGCUUCCUCCAGCGCUUCCGCCGACGCGCCCUCCAAAGCCGACGGCCCGAAGGGGCACCAGCCGGCAAGCGCCCCGGGGGCGGCCAGGGCCCAGGCGGCGGCAGCCAGCUUUGAGGAGGACCAGCUGCAGUGGGCCCUGGGCGAGUCGCUCCGGGAGGGGGGCGCCGCCGUGGCCGCCGGCGGCGCCGGGCCCGCGGAGGGUGCUGGCGCGGCCGAUGCUGCGCAGGCCGCCGCCGCCGCCGAGGCUGCUCGGGGCAUCGACGCCGCCGAGCGCCGCCGCCAGGACGCAGAGCAGCGCCUCGUCGACGCGCGCGCGCGCGAGGCCGCGACCGAGGUCGCGAGGGGGCGCAUCCGCGUCCAGCUGAGGGAGAACGAGGAGCUGAUCCAAGGCCUCACGGAGCGCCUGGACGAGACGCAGGCCCGCGUCCGCGCUGCGCGGCGCGAGUGCGAGGAGCUCGAGGCGGCCCUGGCGGCGCGCCGGGAGGGCGUCGGCGUCGGGCCGGCCAGCUUGCUGGACUGACCCGGGCCCCGAGACCGCCGGCGCGCCUCGGGGAAGCGCCGCGGAGCGUGAAGGAAAGGAAGGGCUGCGGCAGAUCAGCCAGCGGGGCCGCGAUCUGGAUCAUGAUGCGCGCCCCCAUUGACCUGUCCCUGUCCUGUAG